CGUACUUGACCACAAAAAUCCCCCCUCUGUCUCUCAUUCGCUCUUUCUCGUUACCCCGAGACGGCUACAAACCCUUUCUUCCAAAUCCCCGACCCAAAAGCCCUCGAAGGAGAGCUCCUAAACUCGUAGUUUCACAGGUUGAGGGAGGAACCAGGAAGCUAAAGAGCGAUGGAUUCGGAUCAGGGGAAGCUAUUCAUAGGUGGGAUUUCGUGGGAGACCACGGAGGAGAAGCUGAAGGAGUACUUCGAUAACUACGGGGACGUUUUGCAGACAGUGGUGAUGAGGGAAAAGACCACCGGGAGGCCCAGAGGAUUCGGAUUCGUGGUUUUUGCAGAUCCUUCCAUUCUCGAUAGGGUUCUCCAGGACACCCACACCAUUGAUGGCAGAACGGUUGAGGCUAAGAGGGCCUUAUCAAGAGAGGAGCAACAAACUUCUGCCAAAGCUGGAAAUCUUAAUCCUUCCAGGAACUAUGGGGGUGGUGGAACUUUCAGAACCAAGAAGAUAUUCGUUGGAGGAUUGCCUCCCACUUUAAGUGAAGAAGGAUUCCGUCAGUAUUUUGAGUCUUAUGGCCAUGUAACCGAUGUAGUAGUCAUGUAUGACCAGAAUACUGGACGACCUCGUGGGUUUGGGUUUAUUACCUUUGACACUGAAGAAGCUGUUGAUAAGGUUUUACACAAAAACUUUCAUGAUUUGAAUGGUAAGCAAGUGGAAGUAAAGCGGGCUCUUCCUAAAGAUGCAAAUCCUGGUGGGGGUAACCGUUCUAUGGGUGGUGGGGCGGGGGUUGGUGGUGCAGUUGGUAGUGGUUAUCAGAGCUAUGGGGCAUCUGGUGGCAACCCAAAUACAUAUGAUGGUCGAAUGGAUUCCAAUAGGUACAUGCAGCCACAGAGUACUGGAGGUGGUUUUACUCCCUAUGGUUCCUCUGGGUAUAGCGCACCUGGUUAUGGGUAUGGUCCUGCCAGUAAUGGCAUCAAUUAUGGCGGUUAUGGUAGUUAUGGUGCUGCCAAUACUGGGUAUGGUGGACCUGCUGGUGCAGCAUACGGAAACCCAAAUGUCCCUAAUGCUGGUUAUGGUAGUGUUCCACCCGGUGCUCCCAGAAGUUCAUGGAGCACUCAAGCUCCCUCUGGAUAUGGUGCCAUGGGUUAUGGAAAUACUGCUGCUUGGGGUGCUCCAAGUGGCAGCACUGGUACUGCUAGUGGUGGCCCAGGGUCAGCACCUGCAGGGCAGUCUCCCAGUGGAGCCACUGGGUAUGGGAAUCAAGGUUAUGGCUAUGGUGGGUAUGGUGGAACUGAUGGGUCUUAUGGGAAUCCUGGUGGGUAUGGUGCAGUUGGAGGGCGUUCUGGGAGUGUCCCAAAUAAUAAUGCUGGUGGUCCAGGUGGGGCGGAACUACAAGGUAGUGGUGGUGGCUACAUAGGAAGUGGCUAUGGUGAUGCAAAUGGAAAUCCAGGGUAUGGAAAUGCAGCAUGGAGAUCUGACCAAUCUCAAACUUCUGGAAAUUAUGGUGCUCAGGUGAAUGGUCCUCAUGGCGCGCAGGUUGGCUAUGGUGGUUAUGGGAGUGCUCAGGCCCGACCUCAACAACAGUAAUUAAUGAUGGCUACAAGUCCAACUGGAUCUUGAUCUUUGUUUCUUGACCAUGAGGGUCAAAAUUGUUUUCUGUGCCAAGCAGCAGGAGUGGCACAAGUUGGAUGUCAAUACGCAUUGGGACCGGUUGGAUUGCUUGUUUCCCAGUAGUUUGCAGUAUCUAUUUUGCUAGUCUAUAAUAAGUAGUAAUUUUGAGGCAUACUAGAUGCUCCUCUUAUUUAAUAUUUGCUUCUGAGUGUAGUCUUAAAUUUGUCGUGCCUAUAAUUCUCUACUAGCUCAUCUGGAUUUCUCCUCUGUCGUAGUGUUUAAGUAAGCUAUGGUAGCUUAUAUAACCUUAUUAAUGUUGGUUUGAUUACAUUUGGGUAUUUUGUUGUUACAAUUUUGUUAGUGUUUAGUUCUGUUUUUUUUUUUUUUUUUUUGGCCAAGAAUAGAUGCUGUAGGAAAUUUAGUCAGGGGUGAUACAUAUGCAUGAUUUGGUCUGACAAGUAGGAACUCAGAGAUGUGUAGUGAGGUUUUUUUCUAAUAGCAGUGGAGCUAUGACCACUUGGGUUGAUCACUUCGUAAUGGGUAGCGAUAAUCGUAGUGGUAGUUGACACUUUGACGAUGGCAUAAUCAUUUCCUCCUGUAUUUGCCCUUGUGUUGUACAGGAGAGAUGCGCGAGGUCUAAAGUGGAGAGAAAGUGUCCACUCAUGGCUGAACACGAGCUUCGUCGUGGGGGCGGGGGGAAGUGUUCAGUGUGGAAUGGAAUUUGAGGACUUUGAUCAGUUGAAAUCUCAGAUUUACCUGAAACAGGUCAUUCUCCAGCCUGGUCAUGCCAACACUCAAAUUUUGCUGAUUCCAGGCAUUUCAAGUGAUAAACUUCCUGAUCUUCACUCAGGUGUGGUGGACUGGUGGAUUAUGUGAGGUGAACGGCUUACGGUAUGUGGACUUUAGUGGUUAGCGGUGUCUCACUUAUAAAUUCAUUGUGACCUAAUUGCUUAGGCUUCCUUUUGAUUUGGAAUUUAUCAUGGUAUGUGGUUCUAGAUGUUGAGAAGUGUUGAAGAAUGUGUCCUUGUUUAAAACUUUUUCCGUGAAGAUUCAGAAUGAAGUUAAAGACUUCUAUGGCUA